UUUAUUUUGUUUUGUUUUCCAGUUAAAUAGCGCUGGUGUGCGGAUACAUAGUCUUUCUUUUUGCAGAACCCUGGUUUUAACUUUGGUUAUUGUUUCUCAAGAAAUGCUAUGGCAAAAGUCUUUAUUACACAAAAACAUUUGGCAAACUUACGUUGAAUUUUUGAAGUUCAAGCUCAACACAGAGGGACAAGUUUCCUCAAGAAGGUAGAAGUAGACCAGGUUCCAUUGCUUUGGCUGCUGCAUUAAAUGAAUCAGAGAAGAAGACAUGGAAAAAUGCCCAGAGAUUGCUAAUCCUGCAAAAGAAGCCAGGCAUUCGGAAGGUGCAAGAUACCAGAAAUUCUCAAAGAUGCAAGUUGUCUGUGUGGGACUGCUCUUUUUCACCGUCGCGUGGGCAGCACCAACAUUUCAACCACAGACUGAGAAAACUAAGCAAGGAUGUGUGGAAGAACAGAGGAUAACGUACAAGGGUCACCACGAGAAACAUGGGUAUUAUACUUUUAAGUAUGUUUACACAUCGCCUGGAAAGAAAAAUGAAACUGGCAUCACGAAGGAAGAAAAAAACAAAGACAAUAUCGUUCUGCGCCAUUUGGACGGGAGAAGACAUCAAGAGCCAUCACCUAAAGAGAAUGUCGUCCAGGAAAGAGAGAAAAAUGUGUCCCUUUCUGAAGCCAGUGAAAAUAACCAACGUAGUGGUGAAUCUCCGAAUCUUCUCGCAAAUGGACAGACACUGAGUGAAGACUAUAGUACCGGUAACAAGGAGAAUGUGCAUGAUGACCUAAAGAUGUCCAUUCAUCCCGAAUCACCUGGGAACAAAGGGACUGAGGAAGGAGACGAAACUAUCAGCAAACUACACGAUCAAGAGGAAUACAGCUCAGCUCUCAUAAGAAAAAAUCUGCAGCAUAAAAUGGGGCCAGUGAGUGUGAUUAAACUCUUGGGGGAAGAAAACAAGAAGAACACACCUAGGAAUGUUCUCAACAAGAUCCCAGCCGGUGUGAACUACGCUAAAGCCCGCUCAAAAGAUAAAAAGACUCCUCUGAGAGAUCCCCAAGCCCGGAAAAGCCCAAUAAAAGCCAAAAGCAGCCCUUACACCCAAGAGAGCACUCACUACCUAAAACAUCUCUCCAAAGUCAAAAAAAUCCCCAGCGAUUUUGAAGGUAGCGGGUAUGCAGAUCUUCAAGAGAGAGGGGACAAUGAUAUCUCUUCCUUCAGUGGGGACGGCCAACCCUUUGAGGACAUUCCUGGCAAAGGAGGAGCUCUUGGUCCUCACCCGGAAGGGGUUCCAGGCCCAGGAGAGGCUGAGGCUGUCACUCAUGACACGAGAGGGCCAGGUUAUAAUGAGAUCCCAGAGAGAGAAGGAAAUGGUGAUUACACCGUUGGAACCAGGGACGACACGGCGAAAGAGCGAGAUGCUGUUGACAUCAGCCUUGUGGAGGGCAGGAACGACAUCAUGGGUAGCACCAACUUCCAGGAGCUCCCCGGAAAAGAAGGAAACAGAGUGGAUGCUGGCAGCCAAAACGCCCACCAAGGCAAAGUAGAGUUUCACUACCCUCACGCACCCUCCAAAGACAAAAGAAAAGAAGGCAGCAGCGAUUCAACUCGAAGUACCAAUUACAACGAAAUCCCUAAAAAUGGCAAAGGCAGCACGAGAGAGGGCAAGGAACGUUCUGACAGGAACCAAGGAACCGUUCGCGAAAAGCAAAGAUAUUCCAGUAAGGGCGAAAGCCAGGGCCCUCUGGUUCCUUCUCGUGGUCUUGACGAUGAGGCUCAAAACGAAAUAGGUCCCCAUCAUGGCCCCAACAAUGAGGGUCUGACAACACACAGCAGGAAAUAUCACGGAGUACCCCACGGACAAAAUGAUUCUGCGCGAAACAACGGCAUGCCACAGAGAAGAGGCCCCGGGGGUCACAGAAGACCCCAUUUCUACGGGAGGUUUAGUUCCCCCAGAAAGGAUGACAGUAGUGAGUCAUCCUCUGACAGUGGCAGUUCCAGUGAGAGCGACGGUGACUAGGCCACCAGGAAUUUGCAUCGGGGUGGCGGGUUGAAGAGCCGGCCAUCUGUGAGUCGUCACCGAAGAGAGCCACCUGGCAGC